UAUUUCCUACACUGCCACUGACUGGCUUUGUGACCCCAGGGAAGUUCCUUAACUUGUGUUCCAGUUUCUCAACCUUUACAAUUAGGAUAAUCUUACCUAGUUCUACAAAAGCUAGGCCCACAACAGUCCCCACUCAGAAUGAUCUCCCUAGCUGAGAGAUGCUGGCCUUCAGUCCUGACUCACUUGCAAUAGUGGUAGGUUGUCCCAUUGUACACUAGUUUGGAUGGUGCUGUGCUGUAGUUUGGUAUAACUGUGCUGCUCUCCAUUUGGCCUGCCCUACACUGGGACAUACCAGUGCCAUUCCCUUCUGUUCAGGAUUGCUGCAGCCGCAUUCUGCUGUGCCACUGUCACAUGUGGGGUAAAGGGCCUGUUACAGUGGGAAUGCAAUAGAUGGUUCUAUGCCUAUGUCACUACACGGUGUAUGAGCAGCUGCAAGUUGCCAGUCUAGUGGGAGUGAGCCCACACUGAGAUUUGAAGCUGUGCCACAGGUCCUUCCCCUUUUCGGGAGGAGCACACAAGGCAACUGUAGCCUGAGUCAGGCUCUGGCUGGGAGCCCAAGGUGUAGCUUGUUGUGCAGUUCCUAUGGAGAUGGGAGAGUACUGACCCUCAUCCAACGCAGCAGUAAUUCCAGCUUCCACUGCAGUUCUCCAGCGGCUUUCUCAGAAGGAAAAGCAAGAUGUAUCCUCUCCUAGAGGUGGCUCUAACACAGCUGGUGUAAUCAAGUAUCAUUGCCGCAAUGAUGACCACAGCUUAUUUAACACCAAGUCCCCACACUGUUAAACAAUGGCAACUAGAGAGUUUAGAACUCCUUGCAGAAAACACAGUGAAGUCCAGCAAAGUGUCUUCCAGUAAAAUCCAGACCACUGGGAGCUUGAACACAAGGUUCAGCACUUGGACACCUAUCACAAACAAAUCAUUCAACAAGCAGCUCUUUGAGGAAAGAAUUAGUCUCAUAAGCCAUUGGUUUGAUCUGUGGACAGACAAGCAGCGCAAACAAUUUCUCCACACAAUGUUGAUGAGAUGCAGUAAAUCACAACUGAAGUUUACCCAAAACUGGUUUGCAGAGAGGAUUCCAGUGACUAAAGUGGAUUUCACCAAAGUGCUGCCACGUUUCAUAUCUCUGUACAUCUUCUCCUUUCUCAGCCCCAGGGAGCUGUGUGCAGCUGCCCAAGUCAACUGGCACUGGAAGUUUAUAACUGAACAGGACUGUUUGUGGGUGCCAAAAUGUGUUAAGUUUGGAUGGUUCCUGCCCUACACUCCAGCAGACAACGAAUAUAGUGCUUGGAAGCGACAUUAUAUUGCGUGUGCAACCAACUUAGAUUACUUAACCCCAAGAGAAGCCACUGAAAUCUAUGGGACCCUCAAUGAAGCAAAAGCUGAAAAUGAGGAGCAGGAAGAAAGGCUAAGAGAAAAAUGGCUACGAAAAAUUAUUCGGGAGAGAUUAGCGUUACAUAAAAAGGAGUUAUUCAAAGCUCAACUGCCUUGGAUGAGUGGUACUUGGAACUCAAGAUUUUUAAAAUCGCGAUUACAGCCAAGUCAGGCACAGAUGAUCCAGGAUCGGGCUAGACUACAGGCAGCUUUGCAACUAAUUAGGGAAAAGAGUGCUCUUUCGAAUCAUACCCUUUCAAUGCUGCUUUCUGAAGAAACGAAACCCGUAGCAAACUUUAAUCUAGCAGUAGAGAAACAGCUUGUUUUGGCCUCCUUAAAAACUUUGCCCAAGAGAAAGAAUGUGACUGGAAGCAAUUACAAACACUGUCAGUGUGUCUACCAAAAACACAGCAAUUUUGCAUAUCCACUUGAGCCAUAUCUGGUUUUGAUAUCAUCCAGGAUUCCUGCAUAUGAGAUGGUGCUGGACAGCGUCAAACCUGGGGUGAUUCCUGUGUUGUAUGAACAUUGCGGAAUGACAUUGGAAAGCCUCCUUUUUUACAUAGAAAAGGCUCUGGAUGGCCGAAAAGCAAAGAGUAUAGGGAUUUUUAGCGAUGGAGACUCCAGAGAGAUCAAUUUACUUCAAGGCUGCAGAAUCAGUAUUGAGAACAUUCUGAGCCCUGAAGUGAGAGAAUUUUGGGAGAAGCUAGGUUGUGUCAUGUCUCCAGAGGAAGGUGGUCAUGUGGACAUCUUUGUUCCUCUGGCAGCAUCAGAGGCAGGGAUGGAAGUCCUUUCCCAGUUGACUCAGCUAACUGGUGUGCUCUUCAGAACCCCCACAGGAAUUGCAACUGGAUCUUAUCAGCACAUCCUUAGUGAAUGGCUGGGAAAACAGAAGGAUGGACCUCCCACCUCCACCUACUUCACUGAAGAAAAACUACAGAUAUGGCUCAGACUGACAGAACUCCUGGAGGAGGUACUGAAAUCUGUUCGGAAGCAGAUGCAACCAUAUUUAAGUGAGCUGAAGAAGAGUAUUAGUGACAGGAUUAUUGGUCAGUUUAUGUUUGAUGCCAUGAGCAGAGCUAAAGUACAUACCAAUAGAGAAACAGCCCAGACUUUCACUGAUGGAUUAGCUGAACUGUCAAAAAGAAGCUAUGAGGAGGCUGCAAAAGAGGCUGCCACCCAGAGCCAAAAGCCUAACUGUAGCACCAGAGUGAAUGAGCCAACAUUUGAGGCAGUGGCUCAGUUGGAUAAAAAACUUGAGGACACUGCAGACAGACGAACUAGAUUUGCCAGGGAGCUGCUGACAAGUGAGAAGAACUAUGUACACAUACUGGAAACUGUGAGGGAUGUUUAUGUUACACCACUGAAAGCAGCAUUAGCAUCAAAUCGAGCCAUCCUAAGUCAUGCUAAUGUUCAAAUCAUCUUCUCUGAUAUCUUGGAUGCCUUACAACUCAAUAGGCAGUUUUUAAAUGAGCUGACGGAAAGACUUCAGGAAUGGAGUCCAUCCCAGUGCUUGGGUGAAAUAUUCACUCAAUUUGGGUGGCAGUUUCAAACAUACACAAACUUCUUCAACAACUACACUGUCAUUCUGAAAACCAUUGAUAUGUGCAGAGAGACCAUUCCUUUAUUCCGUGCCUUCCUGAAAAGACAUGAUAAAACUGUCGUUACAAACAUGAUGAGCCUACAGGAGCUGCUGCUAUGCCCUUCUAAAAGGUUUGAAGAGUAUCUUAAUCUUCUUUAUGCUCUGAGACUGCACACUCCUUCAGAACACGCUGACCAUGAAGAUUUGACUGCCGCAAUCAAGAUGAUGAAACAAUACAAGGAAUACAUAGAUCAGCUAAAACUAAACAUGAGCAAAGAUGAGCAAAUGCUAAAUGCACAAAGAAUCAUCCAGAGAUGUCCUAAUUUAUUAGAAGCCAACAGGUAUCUGAUUAGAGUACAAGAUGUAUCCCAGUUUAGCUGCUGUUCUGAGGAAAUCUGUGUUUCAUUCAGGCUCUAUGAACACAUCAGCGAUCUUAGCCUUUUUCUUUUCAACGAUGCACUUGUUAUUUCAAACCGCAGCAUCUCUUAUAUUCCAUUUGAACGGACCCCAAAAACAACUUACCAGUUCUUGGCAUCAGUAGCUCUUCACAGGCUUGUUAUAGAAGACAUUCAACAUUCAAAAUAUAUAAAGAAUGCAUUUAUUCUACAAGGCCCAAAACGCCAAUGGAUUUGUUCUACAGAGGAUGAAGAUGAUAAAUUUACAUGGCUGUCUGCACUACAAAGUGCAAUCAACUGUAGCAUUGAAAAGAACUGAGAUUCAUCUUAGUGUUUCAGAUGCUCAACUCCUGUAGUGCGCACUAAUUAUUUGUGAACAGAUUUUUGUGCAGUUACCUACUCUGAGGACUUUUGCUCAAAUUCCACACCUUACCAAGAAGUUAGCAUUCCUUUCGAUAGUGGCUCAUAGAGUACCAUCGUGUGUGAGCUUUAGACUGCAGAAAUUUACAGUAGAAUCAAAACUCAUUGUCGACCUGUAAGACUGAUCUUUUUUUAAAAAGAUCACACUAGUACAAAUCCAUUUUGUCUUGAGAACUUAAGGCAAAAUCUGCACAAUGUGACUUAAUGGCCUUCAUAAAAAUCUUCACUGUAUGAGAAACUGGAAGAAAGCUGUUAAUUCAUCGAGACUCUGUUAUGAAAAGGGCUUUAGAUUUUCUCCACUGAUUGCACGAGUGGACAACACUAGUUUGGUUAUGGGUAACAAGACAUUUUAACUGUGUACUUCUCUUUGAACGGAUAAAACCUAUCCUUCCUCCAAACUGCUCUUCUGGAGCAAAACUGAAACAGCAGGAAGAUGAAAGACAAAAAAGGCAGAUGGAAUAUUAGAACCUAAAGGCUACACAAUUCAGAAUUGAACAGUGAGAGAGAAGAAACCAUGCAGCAAUACCAGGGUGUGCUGGAGCAAAAUGUUGGUUCAUUGCUUGGGAGUGUUGUAGUAUUUGAUGCCAACGGAAGAGUCCCUCAAGCAUAAAAGUGGCACACCAAUCAUUUAGAGCGCUCCCGGAUGUAACUUGUGCAUUUUUAGUGUACAGCUUGUUAAUUUUAACCUUUUGUUUUUAAAAUAGUUUGGGAAUUAUAAAACAUUCUCCCCUGAGAAGUAGAAAUAUGAAGAAUAAUUAUUAGGGGAAGUAUAACCUUUAUAUUGUCUCCUAUUUUGAAUAUACAUGUUUAUCAACAACUUAUUUUAGGAUUAAUAAAACUUUUUGAUCCCUUUUCUGUGUCAUCUCUAAGAAGCUAAGCAUUCUUUUAGGAUUAGUUUGCAACAACCACUUUCAACUCAAUUCCUAAAGGAAAAACAAAAACUAAGGAUAAUGAAUGAUUCCCAGUUUAAAUUUACUGAUAUAAUAAGAGGCUGAAGGCUCACAAACUGCUAUUUCUAGAAGAGUAGCUUGUCACUUUGGGGAAGGCAAACUGAGAAGUCCCUUUUUCUUCCAUCCUCUAUCCCAGUCUCAAGGUUAAUUUCCUUUAAUAUUUAAAGUAAGGUGGGUGGCUGGCAGUAAAGUAGAUAAAACCCUUUUCUACUGUGACAUGCUAAUUAAUAACAUGACAGUGCACAUCAAAAA